UGCACCGGCAGGGUUCGGCCGCGGCCGCCGCGCCGGCUCGUGCUUAAUAUUCAAUGAUGUCGCUCGCGCCUCCCCCUCUUCUCGCAGAAAUUCCGCCGAGUCCGUUACUGGGCUCCGACUUUUAAGUUCACUGACCGCCCCCCAACCUUGGCCAGGAACCAGCACUCUCAGGGCCAGCCUCCCCCCCACCUCCCGCCUGAAAAUGACAUUUCGCCGGCGUCUCCGGAGGGGCUGGAUCGCACUUUGUAACUUUCUGAGGAACCCGCGCCCGGGUGGCAGGUCGGGCAGUGGUAUCGUAUGCAAAUCCGCAUGCUGACGUUACAGAUCAUGUGGGUUUUGGCGUAGAUUCCCCACUGAUCGAGGCAUUUUUUUUUCCCCCUUUUUUUCCCUUUUUUUUUUUUUUUUUUUUUUUUUCUUUUUAAAAUUUUGGCCACCGUCCUCCGCACGGGGGCUUUUUCUGUCUGUCUGUCUGUCAGGCUGGCUGGCUUUCCCCCCGCUUUCCCACGGAGCCCCAGCCGGGCGGCCCGGUGGGGAGUGGGGAGUGGGUGGGGGGAGCCAGCAGAGUUCCAUUUUGGAACGCCCGUGCCGCGUCUCCGCGUUCCCAGCCCGGGUCCCCGCGUCCCCAGCCCCGGCGCAGGUCUUGACGCACUGACAGCUCUCGGAGUCCAGCUGUAAAAAGAUUCCCAGGAUGUAAGCAAUACCGGACUGAUAUGAUUCUACCUGGUGUGUUUAGCAAUUGGUGCAGUUACAAUUUUCUGUACUGAAAUCAUUCUGGAAACUCAAACAGUAGACUUCAUCAUUCAAGGGAAGCCAAAGCCAUUUGAGGGAGAAUAAAGCCAAAAACCUUUUAUCAUAUUUAUUCCAAGAAUUUCACUGCCCCCUCCCUACUCUCCUCCAAAAAUAAGCCAUUGCAAACAGACAGGCAGCAUGGCCAGCAAACGAAAAUCUACAACUCCGUGCAUGGUUCGAACAUCACAGGUGGUGGAACAAGAUGUGCCCGAGGAGGUAGACAGGGCCAAAGAAAAAGGAAUUGGCACGCCACAGCCUGACGUGGCCAAGGACAGCUGGGCAGCAGAACCCGAAAACUCUUCCAAAGAAAAUGAAGUGAUAGAGGUGAAAUCUACAGGGGAAAACCAGUCCAAAAAACUGCAAGGUGGUUAUGAAUGCAAAUACUGCCCUUACUCCACGCAGAACCUGAAUGAGUUCACGGAGCACGUUGACAUGCAGCAUCCUAAUGUGAUUCUAAAUCCCCUCUACGUGUGUGCCGAAUGUAACUUCACAACCAAAAAGUACGACUCCUUGUCUGACCACAACUCCAAGUUCCAUCCCGGGGAGACCAACUUCAAGCUGAAGUUAAUCAAGCGCAAUAAUCAGACUGUCUUAGAGCAGUCCAUCGAAGCCACCAACCAUGUCGUGUCCAUCACCACCAGUGGCCCUGGAAGUGGUGACAGUGAUCCUGGGAUCUCAAUGAGUAAAACCUCCAUCAUGAAGGCAGGGAAGCCGAAAGCAGAUGCCAAGAAGGUGCCCAAGAAGCCUGAGGAGGCCACCCCUGAGAACCACGUGGAAGGGACUGCCCGCCUGGUGACGGACACAGCUGAAAUCCUCUCGCGACUCGGAGGUGUGGAGCUCCUCCAAGACACGUUAGGACAUGUCAUGCCUUCUGUACAGCUGCCGCCAAAUAUCAACCUUGUCCCCAAGGUCCCUGUCCCGCUGAACACUACCAAAUAUAAUUCUGCCCUGGAUACAAAUGCCACCAUGAUCAACUCCUUCAACAAGUUCCCUUACCCAACCCAGGCUGAAUUGUCCUGGCUGACAGCAGCCUCCAAACACCCAGAGGAGCACAUCAGAAUCUGGUUUGCCACCCAGCGCUUGAAGCAUGGCAUCAGCUGGUCUCCAGAAGAGGUGGAGGAGGCUCGGAAGAAGAUGUUUAACGGCACCAUCCAGUCAGUACCCCCCACGAUCACUGUGCUGCCUGCCCAGUUGGCCCCCACAAAGAUGUCGCAGCCCAUCCUCCAGACAGCUCUACCAUGCCAGAUCCUCGGCCAGACCAGCCUGGUGCUGACUCAGGUAACAAGCGGGUCGACAACUGUCUCUUGCUCCCCCAUCGCACUGGCUGUGGCCGGAGUGACCAACCACGGCCAGAAGAGACCUUUGGUGACUCCUCAAGCUGCCCCAGAGCCCAAGCGUCCACACAUCGCUCAGGUGCCAGAGCCCCCGCUCAAGAUGGCCAACCCCCCACUCACCCCGGCCAGCGACCGCAAGAAGACAAAGGAGCAAAUAGCCCAUCUCAAGGCAAGCUUUCUGCAGAGCCAGUUCCCUGACGAUGCUGAAGUCUACCGACUCAUCGAGGUGACCGGCCUCGCCAGGAGCGAGAUCAAGAAGUGGUUCAGUGACCACCGGUAUCGAUGUCAAAGGGGCAUCGUCCACAUCACCAGCGAAUCCCUUGCCAAAGACCAGCUGGCCAUCGCGGCCUCCCAGCACGGUCGCACGUACCACGCUUACCCAGACUUUGCCCCCCAGAAGUUCAAAGAAAAAACACAGGGUCAGGUUAAAACCCUGGAAGACAGCUUUUUGAAAAGUUCUUUUCCUACCCAAGCAGAACUGGAUCAGCUAAGGGUGGAGACCAAGCUGAGCAGGAGAGAGAUCGACUCCUGGUUCUCGGAGAGGCGGAAGCUGCGGGACAGCAUGGAACAAGCAGUCUUGGAUUCCAUGGGUUCUAGCAAAAAAGGCCCAGACGUGGUGGCCCCCAAUGGUGCUCUGUCUCGACUUGACCAGCUCUCUGGUGCCCAGUUAGCCAGUUCUCUGCCCAGCCCUUCACCGGCCAUCACAAAAAGUCAAGAACAGGUUCAUCUGCUGAGGAGCACAUUUGCAAGAACCCAGUGGCCUACUCCCCAGGAAUACGACCAGUUGGCGGCCAAGACCGGCCUGGUCCGAACUGAGAUUGUGCGUUGGUUCAAGGAGAACAGAUGCUUGCUAAAAACUGGAACCUUAAAGUGGCUGGAGCAGUACCAGCAGCAGCAGCUGGCGGAUGAUCACAGCUAUGAUGCCCCAUCAAGAAAAGCAGCGAGACCUGUGGCCGAGAGCCCAAAGAACGGAAGCGAGGUGGGUCAGCCAUAUCACAAGGACCCCAAAAAGCUCAGCGACGAGGACUUGGAGAAGUUGGUCUCCCGAGUGAAAGCGGGCGGCGAGCAAAUUAAAGACUGUUUGCCUGCCAAGCCCUCAGAGGCCACCUCGGACAGGUCAGAGGGCAGCAGCCGGGACGGCCAGGGCAGCGAUGAAAACGAGGAGUCGCGCAUCGUGGAUUAUGUGGAGGUGACCGUCAGAGAGGAGGACGCCGUCUCGGACAGGUCGGACGGCUGGAGUCAGACCGCAGCAGAAGGCAACGCCGAGCUGGCCGAUUCCGACUCUGAUGGCACCGCUGCCGAGGCGGGCCAGGCCUAGCCAGGGAAGCCCGUCAGAACUGCUGUGCUGAGAAAGGGGAUGCUCUGUCUUUGAAGAAAGAAGAAAACGUCCCCCCCAGCCGUGGGCCACCCUCGCUAGUGACUGCAAGUGGCGCUGUGUAGCUCAUGCGGGCCUGAAGGGUGCGGGGACCCCAGCUGCUCUCCCAGGCAUCACCCAGAGGACCGGUGGGAAUUGUUCAUAGUGCCAAAGUCCUACUACUGCAUUUUCAAUGGGUCCUUGUAAAUAGUUUGCUCCUCUGCCCUGGCCCCACCUCUUGCUAUACUGGAACCGAUUUGUACCAUGUGGGUAUUUUGUUACCUUUUUAAUCAAGGGCAACUUCCUUUUCCAGCACUACCCUUGUAAGGUUUUUUUCCCAGGAGGGAGGGCUAACCACAGUGCUUUCCUCUUUUCUCUUUUUUUUUUUUUUAAUUUUUAUUUUAUGAAUUUGGGGGAGGGGGUGUUAGUAUUAGUGCAUUAUAUCUACUGGACUUUAGGUAGGGAGGAUUUAUUUUUAAAGGUAGUUUGAAAUUUGGGAGAUUUCUCAACAGGAAGGGCUGAGAUUCGGGCCACUGUCUCAACCCAGAGAGGAUUUACAGACAGCAGAUCUUCCAAGUCAAAUUCGUUUCCAGUUUUGCCCCCAGCUGCCUUUGGGGGUCCCUGCCUUAGCCACACACAAGGCUUCCUGAACUGUCAAGAGAAAGGUCUGCCUUCUCAACUGCUUGGCCGCUUAGGCCAGAUGGGGCGCAGCCAGCGCUGGGAGAACUGGGUGGCAAGUGGCUGACUGCUUUAAGCACCUACUUCAAUACCAGCAGGAAGGGCUCCCACAUUUGUUAGUAUUAUCAUUACUUUUGUGAAAUGAAAACGACAAAAAAAAGAUCUUCCUGUCUAGAGGGUACAAAGAUGAACAACUUUGGUUUCCAUUUUUCUUCUUAACUGCCUUUUCUCGGUGUGGCAUCUGACAAGAUCUCAACUUGCAGCCUCAUCAUGAAUUCAUUUUUUGUUGUUGUUCGUUUGUUUGCGUGUUUGUUUUGGGCCAAUCCUAGAUACCUGAGUGCACUUUUAUUCAGUUAGUCCUAACUUUUAAAGAAGGAAAACCCAGAGACAUAUCUGGUGGAAAUGUCGCAAUAGGUUUUGUUUGCAUCCCGUGUCCCCUCCCCUCCAUGCCCUGCGUUUGAAUACACUGCACAAAUAUGAGGCUAGGAAGUUUGGAAAAAACCACCUUUUCUAACUGGUUGCUCAUUUGUUGUAACUCAAUAAAGCAAAGACUAAACAUUU